UAAGAGUAAUGAGAGGGUCCCGCUCCUCUGCACCUAUGUGAUGAUGGAUCCCUUUCAGCUGGUGACCUCAACCAACUGCAGCGCUCGGCGUGGCUUCCUCUGCACUCUGGUUUUUAAUAUCUCUACAAAUGCAUCAAAGAGUAUGGACAAACAGGGAGCAAGUGGCAAAUUAAGACACUGGAGAAGCCGUCAAAUUAAAGUCAACCGUAUGUCAAGGAGUCUGUCUAGCAUGGAGAAACAAGUGACCAAGAUGGAUGAGCUCCUCAAGGAGGCUCAGAUGGAACUGGAAAGAAUGGAAAAGGCUAUAGGAGAGCCUACAGACGCCAACGGGAAAAAGUACCUUGAGCUUCUACUACAUGGAACACAGAUGCUGUUUCCAAGUGCUUUGAGAUUAGACAACACAACAGCUAGCCUCCUCAUCAACUGUGCUGGGGGUGUCAUACUCCUCAAAAUGAAAAGAUGUAGCGAGGACAGUGACACUAAAGUGGACAAGGAAAUGUUUGAUUUGACCUUUGAGAUUUAUAAGGCGGUAAGCUUAGUAAUGACCACAGAACUAAAUGAGGCCUUCAUCGUGAAGCACCCAACAGGCAGCAUCUACCAGAUCAGCCUCACCCAAUCACAAAUGGAUAACAAGGUUCAGGGUCAGACGACGAUGCAUACAUCAAGCUUCCAUCUUUCUCAGCAUUACAUUCCUCUCUGGAAAACCACUCAGUUGUUAAUGUGCAGAUGACCACUUUUAUGGGCAACCCAUAUCCGUCGACUGAAAACAUCACAGGAACGGUGUGUACCCUUGUACUAAGGGAUGGAUUGACGGAAAUCAGUGUAGAAAACUUGACAGAGCUAAUUGAGAUCGUCCUGCCACGCCCAGAUGCUCCUGUGCUCUCUGGUAUAACUGUAUCCUUGGAGGAAGGGGCUCAGGUGGGGACCUCUUUCAACACUACGGACCCUAACAUCACAGUCAUAUUCACCGUAGAGCCCAGUGUCAACGUGUCCAUAGAACUGCUGCUGGGCCUGGGCUCCCCACCCAAUGACACCCACUAUAAACAUCGCACCGUCCUGAGACACACAGAGGGUUUUCGCUGGCUGGUCACCCCUGAGAUGAUGGAAAAGGGAACAGGCACCUGGUAUGUGAAUGCCAGGCUGUUUAACUCAACCUGGAGCAAGGGACUGACACUACAGAUCACCACCUUCACUACUAAGUGCAUGUACUGGAACACUAAACAGCUGACAUGGAGCAUAGCUGGCUGCUGGGUGA